AUGGAGACAAUCGCAGCAUAUAAAAGGCAACACUUCCACUGCGGCGACGUUCGUGACAAUAUCCUCGUGACUGAGCUACGUUCCAAAUUUGCAGAGAGGACAUGGAACGAGACAAGUCAACUUGUUCGAAGGUGCAUGGACAAACCAAAAAGUGAUUCCACAUCAAAUCAGCUGUUUUUGGGGUGUCUGGAGAGACUUCAUGAAGCACUGAAUGUGUCCUCCUCGGCUGCAAUGGUGUCCAGAUUAGAGACGAUUGCCAAACGGAGAGGGCUGGGGUCACACUUGAGCCCCACAGAGACGACCUGCUACCUGACCUCGGACAUGUUUUACCUGGAGGUGAUGCUGCUGCCGGGUGGGGGUGUGGAGGAUGUCAAGGUGGCCCAUCAUGGCGAGGCCCCUGCGUCUAGCAAGCCACUUCUUAAACUUCUCAGAUCAAAACAAUUUGAGGACUUUUCAAUGAAACUGGGCUGCCUGUCCGCUCUCUACAACAUACCUGGAGACAAUGAAACAAAGGUAAAGGUAUAUGCUGCUCUUCAGCACCUGGAGAAAGAUCUUAUGAAGAUAUCCCAGUUGCCCAGACCACUAAUACACAGCAAUCCUCAUGUGGAUGUGAUCCUUAAUGGAAGAAUUGGGAAAGCUACUCCACGGAAAGAAGGACAUCCUCUGAGUCUUGAGUACUACAUCAGCCCUUAUGAUCUACUGGCAGAGAAUCCAAGUACAGGUAUAGUUUGGAGCAGUGGGCGGGUGGCUCUGGUGACAGCGGGCGCCAGUGACUCCACACACAGGCUACAGAGAACAUCCCUCAUCCCUAAGCCCCCCCAGAUCAACUUGCAAGGUCUCCCAGUGUUCAGUCCCAUGGAUGAGGUGACCAGUGAAGUCCUGCCCGCUUGUUUUUUCCUGAAGCCGCAACCACCUUUACCAAUGCUGUCUUCCUUUAUACACAAGAUGCACCUCAUCACUGAGACUGCCAUGUGUGAGGCUGACCUGCAGUGGCUUCCCUUCCCUGAACUGUUGAUGGGGACCAGUCUGAGAGAAAGCGUCUGCAAUGCAUCCUGGGAAGGGGACAAUGCCCACUUCUUGGUGCCUCUUCCAGACAACCAGAUGCAUUGUUAUGUGCUGUCUUGGGACUCAUGGGGCAUAGCAGCCCUGAAGGGGGCACUGGUGCACAGCAUUCCCUUCACCCACCCCAUCCAUGUCCCCAUGCUGUUGGAGCUGCUUAGACACCAGACUGUGUUCAACACCCUGCUGGCCAGCUGUAUCAGCCCCCACCAGCCCCACCCAGGUUCAGAGUCUUCCCUACACUGUGAGGUCCGCGCAGAAUCUGAGUCCAGCUUCUCUGUGUCUUUUCCCCUUCCUGACAGCAGCUGUCUUGGUGUGCAUUCCUCCAUGGAUGAUUACAUAUCCCGAGUCCUGAAACGAUGCAUGUCUGUUCCUCUGACCAUGAGGGUGAUCUGUAGGAGACUGGCUAAGAGGGAAGCCAUGUUGUCAUCAGCUGCAGCCGCUCCUACUGUAGCAGCUGGGAAUAAUGACACACCUGCUGCGCUCUCCUGCAAUGAGGCAUCUGAAUGCGAUGGCCCUGUUGUGGAGUUGGAGAGCGCUCACCAUGGCCCUCCCUCUGCUGUCACCUCCCAGAAUGCUGCUGCUGCUGCUGCAGACCCCUCCUCUGUGCCCAUGUCCCCUGUUUGCUCUUACUAUGUUAUGUCUGUACCCCCUGCUGAGAGUGAUGCAGAUGCCAAUACAGAACCUCGUUCCAACCCUUAUCCCGGUACUCUUGCUGGUGUUUUUCCAUCCUGGUCAACUAGUAACCCCCUCAGCAUCUAA